UUGAUGCCUUUGGAUGCUACGGUUAUGAAACAUCUGCACGACAGGGUUAAUCUACUGCCAGUGAUAGCUAAAGCAGAUGCUAUGACUGCGGAGGAAUUAGCAUGUUUCAAAAAAAGGAUUCUUGAAGAUAUAGCUGAAAACGGAAUCAAAUUGUACAAUUUCCCGGACCUAGAAGAUGAGGAAGAAUUGAAAGAGCUUGGCCCCUUACAGGAGCGUGUUCCUUUUGCCGUUGUUGGAAGUAAUCAGGUGCAAAAGCUAGCCGAUGGGCGAAUCUGCAGGUGUCGUGCUUAUCCCUGGGGAACAGUGGAAGUUGAGAAUCUGAAACACAGUGAUUUUGUGGCGCUCAGGCAAAUGAUCAUAAGAUUCAAUCUGAUUGAUAUGAUCGAUGUGACGCGCAGCGUUCAUUAUGAAAAUUUUCGAUUGCGACAACUCAGCAAGCUGGCAAGCACUAUCACGGACAGGUAUCUAGUUUGCACUCGCUAUUAUGACACCUAA